UCCAAAACGGGGAUAGAGGACCUCAAAACCACGAAAGCUGAAGUGGUUUUUUGUUUAACCGUAAAACAUUUUUUUAGCUAUUUUUGCGUGGAAAUUCAGAGGAGGAGGCGAGAUUUUUGAGGGAGAGUGUUGAAACAUAAGAAAGCAACCUCUCUAUGUUAUCAUAUUUUCAAAGUUUUUGACAGACUUGGAUGGCUAUUGGUUCCUCACUUGAACAACAGUGUGAAAGUCAAACAGACAGAUAUCCAUUGCUUAUGGACCGGGCAGUAAAUAACAAUUUAGAUGAGCAUGUAAUAGAUGUAGCACGAGGUUGUGUUUCUUCAGCAUCAGAGGUUCAUGGAAAUGGACACAAUGAGGAUAGACCUUCGACAACCACAAAUGCUUCCACAUCUCAUUCAUCAAGAUCACAAACAACAUCAAGUUCGAGAAAUGAUUCCUCCAGUAGGGGAGUUGAUAAUUAUGGCCGGCGCAAUAGAAGCCCUUUGAAUUCUGGUUUAUGGAUCUCCAUUGAGCUCAUUGUUAAUCUGAGCCAGAUCAUGGCAGCUGUUGUUGUUCUUUCUUUUUCAAAGCAUGAGCACCCACAAACUCCAUUAUUUGCCUGGGUUGUAGGUUAUACAGCAGGAUGUGUUGCUACUCUUCCUCAUCUUUAUUGGCGGUACAUUAAUCGCAGCAGACAAGUUACUGAGCAAUCUGCGACAAACUCAUUUCAGAAUUUUUCUCAAAACAAUGCAUCUGAGUCCAAUCCUUAUACAGUGAUUUCAGUUGCUCAAGCUGCAGAAGGAGAAAAUGGCCAGGGCUCCAGUAGGGCUUUGGAAUUUCGACGGAAUGCUAUAAGAGCUGCACAAAGGCUCAAUCUGAAUGCACUUGUUGACCACUUAAAAAUGGCUUUGGAUUGCUUUUUCGCCGUAUGGUUUGUUGUUGGAAAUGUUUGGUUAUUUGGCGGCCGCACAUCUACUUCCAAUGCUCCGAACUUAUACAGGUUAUGCAUUGUUUUCCUUACAUUCAGCUGCAUUGGGUAUGCUAUGCCAUUUAUCCUAUGUGCUAUGAUAUGCUGCUGCUUGCCUUGCAUAAUUUCAAUCAUGGGCUUGAGGGAGGAGAUGAUUCUGACAAGAGGAGCCCCUGCCGAAUCCAUUAAUGCUCUGCCAACUUAUAAGUUUAAAGUGAAGAGAAUGCAGACUGCUGGCGAAAGUGAAAUAGAUUCGGAGAGUGAUGGUGGUAUUGUGGCAGCCGGAACCGAUAAGGAACGAAUCAUCUCAGCUGAAGAUGCUGUAUGCUGCAUAUGCCUCACAAAAUAUGUCGACAAUGACGACCUCCGCGAGCUCCCAUGUAACCAUUUCUUCCACCUGGAAUGCGUCGAUAAAUGGCUCAAGAUAAAUGCCCUAUGCCCUCUCUGCAAGAAAGAAGUAGUCAACAACAGUUCUUCAUCUGCUGCUAACCUUAACCAACAACAGGAAUCAUAAUCAGCGAAAGGGUUCGAAACUUCAGUCCAGCUUUUGGAGAUGUUGAUGAAAAGCUUCCACCAGCUCCUUAUUUGGUUGCUUUGAAGUUAACUUUUCUGCAUAUAUAAAUAAAUAUAUAAUAUACAUCAUAUUGCUGCAACCAUAGUGUUUUUUGUAGCCUCUCUUCUUGUGUUUUAGAGGAAGAUGGCGAUUCAAGCUGGUCAUUUGUACAAUAAAAUACUAGAAGAAUUUAAGUAUCGUUUUUUUUUUACUGGGUUGAUUACUCCCUCUAGUAAUGGAAUGGAUAUCAUCAGCAGCACCUGAAAUGUUUCUUCUGAUCAUUUUAUCUGGUGCAGGUCUCUGUAAAUGAAUUUAUUUUCAAAUUUUAUCUUAAUGUGAGAUUCAUAUAUGU